CCAACGACCAAUCAGCAUUCCUUAAAUCAUGCAUUUAUAUUUGUAAGGGUGUUUGUUUAUGUCGCGGUGUUUUUGCAAAAGGCUGUUUUGAUUAAAUUCAGUGCUUUUUUAUUGACAUAACUUGCAAGAUAAUAUCAAAAUGAAAGUUGAUGUGCCAGCUCCAAAUGAUAAAUCAAAGAUCCCUUUGCCGACCCUUUCUCAGAUAAAUGCUGAUAGAAUAACACUUCUUGCAACCCAAUAUUGGUCACCUCAAACUAAAGAUAAUCACUUGCCCUAUGAUUCUGCUAUUGUGGAGUCCAUAUAUCAAGCAGAGAUCCUUGGAUCAAAUUUUUCUGUACGGCGUAUAAUGAUGUUGGAAUUUUCGCAAUACCUCGAAAAUUAUUUGUGGCCACAUUAUGAGACGGGGAAGGCAUCUCACGCUCAUAUGAUGUCAAUAAUCGUAAUGAUUAAUGAGAAGUUCCGUGAGAGGGUCCUAGCAUGGCAGGCAUUACUAAAGAAACCAGAUGACUUUCCUGGCUUCUUUGAGCAAGUUCUUCAUGCUAGUGUAGCGGAAGACCAUUUAAGUAACAAUAUGAGGGAGCAGACAAAUCUCCCACUCUUUUUGAACCAUUGCUUUGGGAGUAUGGAGGUGCAAUUAUGCAGAGAUCAAGUGAAACGAUUGGUGUCUCUUAGCAUGUGGAUUAGUUUGCAAGAAGGUCGAUGAAAUCAAGAGUUCAAAAACGUGCCAAAAUGGCGGAAGUAUUGGAGGGCCACACAGAAGAAGGACAAACCUGAACUUUUAGAUAAGUUGAACUGGGAGAGGCGAUACUUGCAGAAACUCAUGAUUAAAUUUAUGAGGACAUUGGAAAGCAUUCCUGAGGAGGGUGAUGUUAACCCAGAUAAAAUAAGAUACUGCGAGCGAUUCCUGGAGCUGAUGAUCGACCUUGAAGCAUUAUUACCAACACGGCGCUUCUUCAACACCGUCAUGGACGAUUGGGGUUGGGUGUGAGUCAAACGCACCUGAAUUUGAUGAUACUGAUUGUGCAGGAGUCUCGGGGACCCUUGAUUGGAACACCUCCAAGUGAUUUUAGCUUUAGGAUAAGCGUCAAAGUAUUUUAAAAA